CGCCAAAAGUUUCUUAGGAUCUACCAAAAGUUUUUCUUGACGUUCUCAGAUGUUCCCGAAAAGAUGGUCCUUUGUGUGUGAAAAUUUGUGAAUAAUUAGUUUAAAAUAGGUCCAUUGUGAUAGAAAAUUGCAAUUAGAAUGGCUGUUAACUGGCCAAUAGUGUACUUGGGCUAUCCGGAUGAGUGUGUGACUGAAAAGCAUGCUUCCUCGGUGGAUUUUACCACAAACAAAAUUGGAGGAAAUCCCGAUUGGCCAAUUUCCGGAAUAACUGUACCGAAUUGCCCCCUGUGUGGCCUUGCAAGGCCACUCAUCCUCCAAAUCUAUGCUCCCCUGGAAGGUUCACAAUUCCACAGAACCCUCUAUGUCUUCUCCUGCGUCAAUUCCUGCUCCAAUCAGUCCAGCAGCUGGCUCUGUGUCCGAUCCCAGACACUGGAGAAAACCUUCGAGAAGGAGAACAGUAGGAUUCCUCAUCAGGGUCCAGAGAGCCAAACGAUGAAUGUCAAUUGGUGCGCUGGAGCCAAUGACUGGGACGUUCCGGAUGAGUCAAAGAUUGCUGAUGUUGAGAAUUGCAAUGAAGAAAAUGGGAAUACUAUCAGUAAGCUGGACAAGAUGUCCGAUGAGGAUGACGAGAGCAAUUCCACAGAAGUGGAUCUGCUCAAUAUUAUCGAGAAUGUCCAUAUCGAUGAGCGCAAUGCAAACAGUGGAGCCCAGGAAGGAGCUGCAGCUAUCAAUAAUUCUCCCAAAGCUUCGGCGGAAAUUGAAACGGAUGAAACAGAGUUGAUUAUCAUUGACACUCCAGAGGCCCCUCAGAGGGAUCUUAUUGCUCUGUUCAAGCAGAACAGCGUACUCUCUUCCGAACAGGUCAAUCUCACCCUCAGAAGUUUCUUCAUCUCUGUCGAUGAAGAGAACCAAUCGUCAGUGGAUAAUUCUGAUCACAUCAGGGAUCUCAUUCACGAGUACCAGAAGAAGGAUGAUGAUUUAAAGAAGAGCCCCGAGGGAGCUAGCGCUGGCGACAAGCGAGGAGAACUCUUGGGAGAUGGUGAGCAGUAUGAAAAAGGUGUCCCUGCUCAUGGUGAUGUAAUGUUUCAUGCAUUUAUAACGAGAAUCCAGGAGAAUCCUGGACAAAUUUUGAGAUACUCUCGGAAUACAGUGCCAUUACUCAUAAGCUACUUAAAGGAGUCCAUUCCAAAGUGCACAUACUGUGGCAGUGAUUUAAUCUGUGAGGUGCAAAUAUUGCCAACGAUUAUUCCUCAUCUCCAGUUGGAAAACUGUGAUGCGGCCCCCAUUGAAUUUGGCAAUGUGCUCAUAUACACAUGUGCUAAAAAUUGCUGGGAUACGCCGGACAAAAUGCGAAUUGAGACGGUGAUUGUGCAGCAAGAAACCUAAGAAAUUAUUAAUACCUUCCCCAGAAAGAGGAGCACUAAAAUUUAUCUGUAGUGUCUAAAAAAAAAUAAUUUAAUAAAAAUUCAGCUGGAGAGAGCAUUAACAACUUUAGUGAUUGGAGUCAAUAUUGAAGAAAAAAAAUAGAGUUUAUUGGAUUGUGUGUAAUAGGAACGUUACAAGAAUUGCGUCACAGACUCAAUAGGAAUCUAUAUUUGAAUUUAAUCUUAUAUUGUUCACAAUAUUUCUGUACGAAUGUUCAAAGAAAAAAAAAUUUAUCACGUAGAAUUGUGCAUCUUUCGAGGAAAGUCCUAAAAUAUAUUGAUAAUAGAAAUUAA